AUGUAUGCUGAUGUACAAUACUAUAUCUCACCCUCCAUUCUAGGCCCAGCAGAGGAGGAAUUAGGUGAACACCUUGACAAGAAAGGCCCAGCAGAGGAGGCAUUAGGUGAACACCUUGACAAGAAAGGCCCAGCAGAGGAGGUAUUAGGUGAACACCUUGACAAGAAAGGCCCAGCAGAGGAGGUAUUAGGUGAACACCUUGACAAGAAAGGCCCAGCUGAGGAGGAAUUAGGUGAACACCUUGACAAGAAAGGCCCAGCAGAGGAGGAAUUAGGUGAACACCUUGACAAGAAAGGCCGAGCUGAGGAGGAAUUAGGUGAACACCUUGACAAGAAAGGCCCAGCAGAGGAGGAAUUAGGUGAACACCUUGACAAGAAAGGCCCAGCAGAGGAGGUAUUAGGUGAACACCUUGACAAGAAAGGCCCAGCAGAGGAGGAAUUAGGUGAACACCUUGACAAGAAAGGCCCAGCAGAGGAGGAAUUAGGUGAACACCUUGACAAGAAAGGCCCAGCAGAGGAGGUAUUAGGUGAACACCUUGACAAGAAAGGCCCAUCAGAGGAGGCAUUAGGUGAACUCCUUGACAAGAAAGUCCCAGCAGAGGAGGUAUUAGGUGAACACCUUGAUAAGAAAGGCCCAGCAGAGGAGGUAUUAGGUGAACACCUUGAUAAGAAAGGCCCAGCAGAGGAGGUAUUAGGUGAACACCUUGACAAGAAAGGCCCAGCAGAGGAGGUAUUAGGGGAACACCUUGACAAGAAAGGCCCAGCAGAGGAGGUAUUAGGUGAACACCUUGACAAGGAGGAGGAAGCAGAGAUGGUAAGACACACUUCCAUCGUUUACAUCCUCAGUGGUCAUGCUGAUCAUGUUCCUGUAAUGUGUUAUGUUUUUUCAGUUUUCUUUACAUCACUCCGGCUUUAGAAAUCACUCCUCCAUUAACUGGUUGCUAAAAUUCUAAACUGGCUCAUUUCAAUUUAUGUGACAAAGCAAGCAAUAUAUAGUGUAGAGAAUCAUUGUAACGUCUAAACUGCAGUGAAAUAUCUUUGGAAUAACCAAAAAUAUUGUAUUUUCAACUGUUUGAAGCUGGUGUACAAAACAAAAGGAAAAUUAUGCAAAAAAGGAAACUUAAGGAUGGGAAGCAUAGACAUGGGCAGAGACUUGAGUCUUGAGUCACGUGACUUGGACUUGAGUACUACUCGAGUUGCACAUUUUGUGACAUGCCAUUUGACUUCGACUUGAGCAUCUAUGACUCGUGAUUUAACAUGGACUUGAGCUGUAUGACUCGAGAUUCGAUUUGUCAUCUCGCUCACAAUAUUGGAGUGCUGCAGAUUCUGUGCGUUGUGAUGAUGUCCUGAUGCAGAGGUGGCACCACAGGUCCCGGAGUGCUGGGGCAAAUUGUUUUCCCUGGGACCCAGAUCUUUUCCUAAUCUGGUAACCUAACCAGGUAUAAAUCCGGACCCUAUAGGGUCUGACAGUGAUUCAUUAGUUUUAAAAAAUAUAUAUAUAUGGGCAAUGAUGGGAGUAGGACCCGAUUUACAUUUUAGUCAUUUAGCAGACGCUCUUAUCCAGAGCGACCGACAGGAGCAAACAGGGUUAAGUGCCUUGCUUAAGGGCACAUCGGCAGAUCUUUCACCUAGUUCGAACCAGUGGCCUUGAGCACUCGAAACCCAAAAUUAGGAACUUGUGACUUGACUCGACCUGAGCUUAAACACUUUGAAGUUUGACGUUUGGAAUUUUUUUUACAUUUGUUGUUCGAGAAACAUGGAUGAACGUCUAAUUCUGAGGUGAGACUGUGAGAACUUGUUGAUCUUUCCACCUGUUAAGAAGGUGAAAUCUUCGAUGUCACUUUCAGCCCUCUGCCGUACAUCUACAAAUUGUGCGUGCUUGAUCAGUGGCUCUUCCAGUGGCAGCUUCUAAUCCAAUCCCACCUCAUCAUGUAACAAAAAUAUUGAUGACUGCUCUCUCUGAAGCAGCAAGUUGAAAGAAGUGAAAGUUGGUACGGUGGCUUAGAAGAACAGCAGGUAUACUUCUAUUGCACACAUUUCCUGUAUUUAUGUUAAAUUCUUUGGAAUACAUCUUACCUGUUCGAAAUCAGCUGAGUUUACAUUCACCACACUAAAUCAUGUUCACAAGCACAAACAAAUAAUUUCUUUCAAGAUUUAAAGUUUAAGAGAGUGAGUACUCAAUUGGACGACAUUUCAUUGUUACAUACCUAGUCUCAGCUCAGCUUCUUAUCAGACUUCUUGAGGUAGUGACCGAUAGCACGACUUUUCUGCGUGUAGUCUUCAAUGGUUUUCAAUGGUAGACUGCGGAACUGAGGCUUCGCAAAGGUCAAUGUGGAUCUUGAAUCUAAUGGCGGUGGAAUCAAGGAGAAUUGGACUAUUGUCCAAAAGAAUGGACAACGGAGCAAAGUAGCGUACAGUGCUGAGAAUGUCCCUUCGUGUCUUGUAGGAGUACAGUUUGUUAAUGAGGAGCAGCUGAUUGGAUUACCAAUCUUGGAGAAACCAUUUGAGAUAUCCAAACUGGUGGAGAGAGUACUGGGUACAGUGAAGGCUGUGAGGAUCACUAGAGGCGGGCUUGUUUCGACUUUUUUGUACUUCUGAGGAUCAGAAGGAAUGUGUGUUGCGUCUCACCCGAUUUGAGAAGUUUGACUUGUCGUGUGUCUCUUCGGAACAGGGCACCCCUCAAGGGGGUAACAUCUGACAUCUCGUGGGAAGUCGAUGUUGCAGAGAUUAAAAAUAUUCCUGUAGUGAUUGAUGUACGUCGGAUGAAUCAUGUGGUGAAUGAAGAAAAAGUGUAUCUGUUCUUUUGUUUUUUGAUAUGGAGUCUCUCCCUACUCAAGUGCAGUUGGGGUAUAUAAACUACAGAGUCAGAGCAUUUAUCCCAAGACCAAUGCAGUGUGAUCACUGUAAAUCUUUUGGACAUGUUUCAAGUGUUUGCAGAAGGGAGAAGCCGAGAUGUCCAAGUUGUGGAAAAGAUCAUAUCAUGUGUUUUAAAAGUGAUGAAAAUGUGACAUGUUGCAAUUGUGGUGGGAACCAUGAAGCCACGUCUUUUGAAUGCUGAUGUACAAUACUAUAUCUCACCCUUCAUUCUAGGCCCAGCAGAUGAUGUAUUAGGUGAACACCUUGACAAGAAAGGCCCAGCAGAGGAGGAAUUAGGUGAACACCUUGACAAGAAAGGCCCAGCAGAGGAGGUAUUAGGUGAACACCUUGACAAGAAAGGCCCAGCAGAGGAGGUAUUAGGUGAACACCUUGACAAGAAAGGCCCAGCAGAGGAGGUAUUAGGUGAACACCUUGACAAGGAGGAGGAAGCAGAGAUGGUAAGACACACUUCCAUCAUUUACAUCCUCAGUGGUCAUGCUGAUCAUGUUCCUGUAAUGUGUUAUGUUUUUUCAGUUUUCUUUACAUCACUCCAGCUUUAGAAAUCACUCCUCCAUUAACUGGUUGCUAAAAUUCUAAACUGGCUCAUUUCAAUUUAUGUGACAAAGCAAGCAAUAUAUAGUGUAGAGAAUCAUUGUAACGUCUAAACUGCAGUGAAAUAUCUUUGGAAUAACCAAAAAUAUUGUAUUUUCAACUGUUUGAAGCUGGUGUACAAAACAAAAGUAAAAUUAUGCAAAAAAGGAAACUUAAGGAUGGGAAGCAUAGACAUGGGCAGAGACAUGAGUCUUGAGUCACGUGACUUGGACUUGAGUACUACUCGAGUUGCACAUUUUGUGACUUGCCAUUCGACUUCAACUUGAGCAUCUAUGACUCGUGACUUAACAUGGACUUGAGCUGUAUGACUCGAGAUUCGAUUUGUCAUCUCGCUCACAAUAUUGGAGUGCUGCAGAUUCUGUGCGUUGUGAUGAUGCCCUGAUGCAGAGGUGGCACCACAGGUCCCGGAGUGGUGGGGCAAAUUGUUUUCCCUGGGACCCAGAGCUUUUCCUAAUCUGGUAACCUAACCAGGUAUAAAUCCGGACCCUAUAGGAUCUGACAGUGAUUCAUUAGUUGUAAAAAAUAUAUAUAUAUGGGCAAUGAUGGGAGUGGGACCCGAUUUUACAUUUUAGUCAUUUAGCAGACGCUCUUAUCCAUAGCGACCGACAGGAGCAAACAGGGUUAAGUGCCUUGCUUAAGGGCACAUCGGCAGAUCUUUCACCUAGUUCGAACCAGUGGCCUUGAGUACUCGAAACCCAAAAUGAGGGGCUUGUGACUUGACACGACCUGAGCUUAAACACUUCGAAGUUUGACGUUUGGAUUUUUUUUUUAAUGUGUUGUUUGAGAAACAUGGAUGAACGUCUAAUUCUGAGGUGAGACUGUGAGAACUUGUUGAUCUUUCCACCUGCUAAGAAGGUGAAAUAUCUAGAUAAAAACAAAAAGCUUCCAGCAGAUUAUAAAUUCUGAGUUCCGACACCUGUCAGAUUGUAGUGUGAUGUCUGAAGCUUCGAACGUCAUCAUCAGCAUCAGUACAUUAUAUAAAAUCAGUAGUGCUUUGAAAUCUGCAUCAGAGUGUCGGAGCUCCGGUAUCAAUCAUCCCAUCACUGAAAAUAAGUAAAGAAGUAAUUUUGUGUGGGAGAUAAAAACGUUUUUUACGUCAGAGGCAGAGAUGGCUCAGAACGACAAAAUCCAGGCUUUAACACAGCCCGUCUAUAGGACGCACACUGUUUAAAGGCCCCCUCCAGAGGACGUUACCGCCACUAUAGAGCCCCACAGUGGACGCGUCAUAAUACCCAUAAAACCUAGCGGUUUAACACGGAAAUGGUUCCAAUCAUUUUUUCACCAUACAUUUUUCCUAUAGGGGAUUUUAAGAACCACUUCAAACGAGGUUUGUGUUUCAUGUAGGCUUUCCCUGGCAUGACGUUUUGAUAACCAUGUAAAUCUCUCUCGGACAAGGUGACUUUUAUCAACAUAUCCGUCUCUAUUUAAUCUCAGAUUUGAAAAUGCUAAUUAGCAUCAAAGUAGGCAUCAUGCAAGACAACAAAUCCCUGCAUGCUCCAUCACGUCAUCUCUAGCUGUCAGCUAGCUAGAUGGCUACAAGCUACAAAAGCAAAAAUGUGUUUACAUCCCUGUUAGUGAGAUUUCUCCUUUGCCAAGAUAAUCCAUCCACCUGACAGGUGUGGCAUGUCAAGAAGCUGAUUAAACAGCAUGAUCAUUACACAGGUGCACCUUGUGCUGGGGACAAUAAAAGGCUGCUCUAAAUUGUGCAGUUUUGUCACACAACCCAAUGCCACCUAGAGGGAUGGUUGGCCAUGGAAUAAACAAAAUGAGGUGCUGGUGUGUUUCCCCUUUUAGGACUUUGUCACAAAUAUCUGGCCCUUGUCCAGUCAUACUCAGGCUCUCAUCGUGUGUCCCUCGAAGGCAUUCUGUCUUAGUUGCAGCAGUCAAAUCGUGCUCAUCGUGUGUCUGUGAAUCACAACAUUAAAGACGAUGAGUGAUCACAGCAUUUCCACAAAUUGAGCCAUACACAAUACAACUUAAGCAUUGGGGACAGAAUUUUGUUGACAACAUGAUGGUUUACACUAUGCCUAGUGUGUGUGAAUGAUGGAAGAAUCUUACCCCAGCUGUAGGUCCAUUUGAGUGUGUGGUCACUUAGGCCUGAACAUCACCCAGUACUGGGACCAUUGGAGACAUGGGAUGCUUGCUCUCAAAAUGCUGCUUGAAUGUCUUCGGGUCUGCGUCUAUAAAGGUCAAGUAUAAAAUGGAGGAAGUUAAGAAUCUGUGGCAGAGAUUGAAUUCAAAGUUGACACAAAUUAUAAACUAAGCAAUAACUGAUAGACACACACACACUACAUGUUAAUGUUUUUAAAUGUAUGUGAAUUGUAAAGUAUUUUGUCUGUAAUGUCAUGUUCGUUAUGUGUUGUACCCCAGUAAGACUAGCUGUUGCCAUUGGCGUCUGCUAAUGUGGAUCCUAAUAAAUCAAAUCAAAAGGCCAGUACACAUGGAGAGGAACCUAAAGGUCCAUACAGUACCAACCAAUACUACUCAACCCACAGACAGAGCAGGUGUGGACCAGUGCUGCCUUGGCUGCAGUCUUCUGGUCCUCAGCUGCUCCCUUCAUCUUGGCAGCUGCCGCCUUGGCAUCAGUCAACAAGUUCAACUUCAACUUGAGUUGA